AUGUCCACCUCCGCACGACGCCGCCUGAUGCGGGACUUCAAGCGUAUGCAAACAGAUCCUCCUGCUGGUGUCUCUGCCUCUCCUAUCGCCGACAAUGUCAUGACCUGGAAUGCCGUAAUUAUUGGUCCUGCAGAUACUCCGUUCGAAGACGGCACAUUCAGACUUGUCAUGCAAUUCGAAGAAGCCUACCCGAAUAAGCCUCCUGGGGUCAAAUUCGUUUCACAAAUGUUCCACCCAAAUGUGUACGGCACUGGCGAGUUGUGCUUGGAUAUCCUUCAGAACCGGUGGUCUCCAACCUACGAUGUCGCCGCAAUCUUGACGUCUAUUCAGAGUCUAUUAAAUGACCCAAACACGAGCUCUCCGGCAAAUGUCGAAGCCAGCAAUCUCUACAAGGAUAACCGGAAGGAGUACACCAAGAGAGUGAGAGAGACUGUGGAGAAGAGCUGGGAGGAUUGA